AUGCAGGGUUGUAAAACAAACACCAUCGUGGAUGAGAGAGACGGGCUCCUGAAAGAGCUGGCUGACAGAGCCUGGGCCGGGGCGAGGCCUCAUCUCUGGGAGCAGCAGGACGCUGGACCUCUUCUGCUGGACCACCGGCCCUCCCCCGACCCCUCUGCAGAGAAGCCUCAGGACGACUUCUCGUCGAUGGAGAAUCUGGGGUGGCGCUGCCACGCGCUCCAGGGAAGUUACCUGGCCACACUGCUACCGAAACGCUUCAUCACCAAAACGCUAAUAAUGCUCGCUUUGCGGGGCGGGGCUUUCUCCAGCUCCCCCACGCCGGACGCGGGCACUCCUGGUGCUGACGACAGGUGUGGGGCUGCCAGAGCACCUACCCUCAGCGUGCGCUCCGCCGCCAGCACCCAGGAGUGCCUGGAGACAGCGCUCUUCACCGGGCCGCUAAGGGACAGCGCUGGGCCUGCCGGCGGGGGACACAGAUGGACGGUGCUGUCCAGAGAGCCGCACACCGGGAACUUCUGGCCCGAGUGGCUUCCCGGAGGCUCGCUGGGAGUGGGUCGUGUGGCUGUACCCGGGGGGGCCAGUCGGGGCAAGCACCUGCAGCUGGCGGGGGAGCGGACGGGCAGGGCAGGGCGACCCUUGGCCCGACCCCUGACCCUGGACGGUGGGGAGCGGUCCUUACCGCUGGCACCGGAGAGCAGGAAGACGCGGCCACGGCGCUCGGUCCACAGGCCGGGGCCGCGCCCGUGCACGAGCGCCUCCUUCUGCGCAUGUGUUUUCUCUGCCCCGGGAUCCCAGACUUCCAGGGGAAGAUGUGCCUUACCUCUGCACUAA